UUAAAAUCUUUUCAAAAUUUCGACAUUAAGACAUUAAACAGUCAAUCCGGUACCAAUUUUGGGCGUCACGAGAGUGCUAACCCUUCCUCGUGUGUAACCGACUCCUGGACCUAUUUUCUCAAAUCUCGCAGACCUAAAAUUUAUUUUUAAUGGUGAAUCGAUCACACCUUAAUAAAAGAUCGGUGGCGACUCCCAAAGUUUUCUUUUUUAAAAGUCGAUUUCUGUUUUUCAAAAUUUAAAAAUGAUUUCGACAGACCCAAUGAACUCAAUAAGUUGAAGUCCAAUUCAAUAGCGGAGCUCCACCCUAAGGCCGCUGCUGGAGCACCUACCAGUGGUGGCAAACAAAUGCCUCCCGCGGGUGUAAUGAUUCGAUUGAUCUUGAUCAUGGUUUGACGGAAGCUUAUCCGAAAGCCCAACACGUAUUGCAGCAUCAUUGGACUGGUUUGGUCCCUAAUUACUUUCAGGUGGCAUGUGAGUAUGCCAAAAAUAUUAGAGAAAUCUAUCUCCAUCUUGUCAGAUGCUGGACUAGGAAUGGCCAUGUUUAGCUUAGGUCUGUUUAUGGCCCUGCAACCCAAGUUGAUCGCUCGCGGGAACUCUGUAGCUACCUUUGCCAUGGCGGUUAGGUUAUUGACCGGCCCCGCUGUCAUGGCUGCUGCUUCCAUUGCAGUAGGGCUACGCGGCACGGUCCUCCAUAACUAUUUACCAUUAAUAAUAAUAAUAAAGGCUGCUCUCCCACAAGGAAUUGUACCCUUUCACUACACCAAAACAGUGAAUAUUCACCCUGCAAUUCUUAGCAUCGCGGUUAUUUUUGGGAUGUUGAUAGCAUUACCGAUAACACUGGUGUACUACAUUCUUCUAGAGCUGUGAGGCUUUUCUUUUGUUUUUCAGUCAUAGGAGGGGUGUUAUACGUUUGGGAGCAAGCAUUC